AUGCCAGAGCAUACUUCCGACGAACUGACAGAAUCUGAAGAACAGUACAGACUCCUAGACACCAGCAGUGAAGCAGAAACCUCAGCGGAGCAUCUGCCUUUCCCGACACCAACCAUGGGCUCUGACAGCGCUAACAAAUCCGAGGAACGCCGGGGCGAUAAACUCGCUGCAUAUGGAGCACUCGCUUCCAUGCUGAUCUUCGUAUGCGUCACUUGGUUCAUCGUGUUCACCAACAACCCUACAUCAGUGGGGUGGUUCGCCGUCCACCCGCUUCUCCAGAGCUUAGGUAUCGGCUGCUUCACCUAUGGGAUCCUGACACUCCAACCAACUACACACCCCAAAACUAAAGCAGCUGGUUUUCAACGACACCAGAAAACGAUGCUUGCCGUUGGCUUCCCUUGUAUCGCUUUGGGCACCCUAGCAAUCGAGAUCCACAAAUUCAGUGAUGGACAUGGACAUUUCGCGACGUGGCAUGGGACCCUCGGACUCAUUUCCGUCGGGUGGCUUGUGGGACAAGUGAUCCUUGGCGGCGGAAGCGUGUGGUAUGGAGGUGCAGCAUUUGGGGGCGGUAUGAAGGCCAAGAUGUUAUGGAAAUACCACAGGCUGUCUGGCUAUGUCUUAUUCCCCCUUCUCUUGAUUACUGCUUACCUUGGAGGCGCGUGGUCUACUUGGGCGACCUCCCAUAGCCAGCCAGUAGUGCGGUUUGUCGGGUAUACUGUUGCGCCGAUAGUUGCAAUUCUAGCUAUCUAUGCGCGUAUCAGAACAUCCAAAAUGAAAUUCUUCUGAUGUUCUCGACCAAUUUUUUUUAUCUUGAUUAAAUUACUCUAGCAGCAACAAUCUCGUGUAUGUAAAUGUGCCCUAUGCUGUAGAAGGUGCCGUAGCAGGAACUGCAGAGGUUGAACCUGGAACGGGCGUUGAAGGUGGCAACUGCAAUUGUGGAGUCGGUAUCACUUCUGUCAGAAAUCCUGGCAGAAAACGUUCUAGCCUGGCUUGCGUGGCUGUCCAUAAGGUACGUUGAUGUUCGUCACGUUGGUCUUCCUGGGAAGGUGGGACAAGAAUGUUUGCUGCAUUCAUCACAAGAACCACGUUCUUGAGAGAUUCCGAGACGGCCUCGUA